CCAGCCCUGGGUGGCAGUGCGCGUUCCCGAGCGGCACGCGCCUCACGCCUUCCUUCCUUGGGCCUCACACUCGCACAGCCGCCCACCCGGCCGCUGCCCAUCACCCCUCAGAAAGCCAGCGGCGCCAUGUCUUCGCCUCCAGAAGGAAAGCUGGAGACUAAAGCUGGACACCCGCCCGCCGUGAAAGCUGGCGGGAUGCGGAUUGUGCAGAAACACCCACAUACUGGAGACGGAAAGGAAGAGAAAGACAGGGAUGAGCAAGAGUGGGAAAGCACCAGCCCACCUAAACCAACAGUGUUCAUCUCUGGCGUCAUUGCCCGGGGUGACAAAGACUUCCCACCAGCGGCUGCACAGGUGGCCCACCAGAAGCCACAUGCCUCCAUUGACAAACACGUGUCUCCACGAACGCAGCACAUCCAACAGCCUCGCAAGUGACCAGCGCCCGGACCAGGCCGCCUCCCAGGAUGCUUCCCUGGCCAAAAGACCUUGUGCUUUCCACGCGCCUUACUAAGUCCAGAAACUUAAGACAAAGCAAAGUGGCCUUUUGUUGAUUCAGAACCCCCCCCCCAUAUUUAAAACUAGAAGAAGCUCAGACCCCAAACUUUGUUUCUAAGAGCCCUCGCUGUGUGUCACUGUACCUCCCAGAAGUGCCAUUAGUAGAACUUGGCAAGUGCUGGGUAAAAGGUAGUCCUUCAC